AUGCGAACGAGGACCAAACCGAAGAUCUUCCGUCCUCAUUUCGACAGGACUAAUUUGGAGGAGAGACAGCCUCUGAUUGCGGAUCGUGACUAUGGAUUCAUGAGGAGCUCCCACACGAGCACUCCCUUUCCGAAGAAGCAGAACCCCUUGGACGUGGAGUCCUUGCGCGCCCGGCUGGAGGCGCAAGGGGAAAGUCAAAUGAAGAUAGUGCCAUCAAACAGCAUUACGUCGGAUGUUACCGAAGACUUUGAUUUCCCUGAGGAAGAAUCACAGCCCUUUCUAAGCUUCAGUAUGCGCCGCAAAAUCUUUGACACAGGGGAGUACACCAUUUGCAAGGGUCGGAAAAUGAGCGAAACCUUCCAUCAGGGGUACACGUCAUGCCAAAACGAACCUUAUCGCGACGGGAUGGGUUGCCGGCACCGUUUGUCGUCCUAUGCUGUCACAUAUCACAGCUACAAGGAACUCCAGGAUUACUGCGUGAAGCAAAACAUCAAAUUCACUGGUUAA